AGAGAGAGAGAGAAAGAGAGAGAGAGAGAUGUCGUCGUCUAUAGCGUUCUGCGCCAGGGAGAAGAAGCCAUGCGUGAGGUGGGUGGAGAAGUAUUUCAAGGACUGCCUGUGCAACGCCAAGGACGAGGCGUCGUUCGCGUUCGGGCUGAUGAGCCUGGUGUGUUGGGGCGUCGCCGAGGUCCCCCAGAUCAUCACCAACUUCCGCACCAAGUCCAGCCAUGGCGUCUCCCUCGCCUUCCUCCUCACUUGGGUCGCUGGGGAUGUGUUCAAUCUGGUUGGCUGUCUUCUUGAACCAGCAACGUUGCCGACUCAGUAUUACACGGCCCUGCUUUAUACCACGAGCACCGUGGUGCUGGUGCUGCAGAGCCUGUACUAUGAUCAUGUCUACAGUUGGUGGAAGAAACCCGACCCAAAGGCUGAAGAGAAGGAACCGUUGAAGCCGAAAGCAACGCAUCAAUCAGGAAUCCCCAUCCCCGGCGCCACGGCCAAAGCAACACCAGUAAAAGCGUCUCCGAGAAAAGAAUUCUACUACACCUCCGCUAGGUCUUUGGCCGGGAGCGGAACGCCGCCGUUCCGGACGUACAUCAGGGUGGCUAGGAGCGGCCCAUCCGCCAUGCAGCUCGACAGCGGCUCGUCUUCUGACGACGAGGCCGCCCCGGUCACAUCCCCGAAGUCAUUCAGCAAGCCUAUGCCAAUCCCACGAUCGGUGGGGUAUGGGACAUUUCUAGCAUCAUCCCUCACUCUACCUCUUCAGAACAAAGCUUUCACAGAAGCUCAUGUUGUUCUCACCACGAGGAAAUUGUUACGACAGGAAGGUGGAAUGGAGCACAGUGCGUUCGGACAAUGGCUUGGAUGGCUAAUGGCUGCCAUAUACAUGGGUGGCAGACUCCCUCAGAUAUGGUUAAAUAUUAAGAGAGGGAGCGUCGAGGGCUUGAAUCCUCUUAUGUUCGUCUUCGCGCUGAUUGCCAAUGUCACCUACGUGGGAAGCAUUCUAGUGAGAACAAUCGAGUGGGAAAGUAUCAAAGCUAACAUGCCGUGGCUGUUGGACGCAAUCGUUUGCGUGGCGCUCGACCUAUUCAUCAUACUGCAGUACAUAUACUACAGGUACUUCAGCAAAAGCAAGAACAGCGACGACGAAGGCCACGGAUACUACAAGGAAGCAGGCAAGGGCGCGGCAUCUUGACUGCCACAUCGCUAUGCGGCGCUCAUGCUCAUGCUCUUGCCCGUGCUCGAGGGUCCUUCAUCCAUCGCGACUCAGGGAUUCGUAGUUUUGUAUUGUUUUCUUUCGAGGAUGUACCUUGUUAUUGUUCAUAAUCUGCCGUCAUCUUUUAUCUUAUAUCACCCAGUUAUACACACUGGAGAGAAAAAUUUCGAAUAAAAAAUAAAAGUGAGAAGCCAUUUCCUUUUAUGCAAA